UCUGAAGAAUGUUUGAUGGCGGCUGCCAUCUUCCGUCUCCAAAUUUAGCCUGAGAAGACCGAACAUCCACUGUCGCGUUGGGAUUGGUAUGGGCAGCUAGUUUCUUGCAUCCCUAAAACGAUAUAAGUCGGUUUAAACAGUUUUGGUUAUUCGUCAAGUGAAUAUUUCACGUGCAUCGGACCUGAGCCAAGGUGCUUGUGAAGUGGGCUGUGUCAGGUUUUUGAAGACAUUGAUAUUGUGGAACGCUAUACUACUCAACCAAGAUGCCUGCGGUAAAAGGAGAGGGAAUGAGGGGUUUAGCCGUUUUCAUUUCUGAUAUUAGGAACUGUAAAUCUAAAGAGGCUGAGAUGAAACGGAUAAACAAGGAGCUUGCAAAUAUUAGGAAUAAAUUCAAAGGGGAUAAGCAGUUAGAUGGUUACCAAAAGAAGAAAUACGUUUGUAAGCUUCUGUUUAUAUUUCUUCUUGGCCACGAUAUCGACUUUGGUCACAUGGAAGCCGUAAAUCUACUAUCGUCUAACAAAUAUACGGAAAAACAAAUCGGAUACCUUUUUAUCUCAGUCCUUGUUAGUGCAAACAGCAACCUCAUCAAGCUGAUUAUCCAAAGCAUCAAGAAUGACUUGUCCAGUCGCAAUCCCAUCCAUGUCUGUCUUGCUCUACAAUGCAUUGCAAACAUUGGCAACGAUGAGAUGGUAGAGGCCGUAGGAAAAGAAGUUCCCAAGCUAUUAGUUUCACCUGACACAAACGACAGUGUAAAGCAAUGUGCUGCUCUUUGUGUUCUGAAACUCUUCAGGCUUAAAACAGAUAUCUUGCCUCCUGGAGAGUGGACAUCGAGGAUUGUUCAACUGUUAAAUGAUAAGCAUUUGGGUGUGGUAACCUCAGCAGCCAGCCUUAUCCAUGGAUUUGUCCAUUAUUUUGCUGAAGAGUACAAGGGUUGUGUUCAGUUAGCAGUCUCAAGACUUAGUAGGAUUGUGACAUCGUCUUACACAGACCUUCAAGACUACACCUACUACUUUGUUCCAGCUCCAUGGCUUUGUGUCAAGCUCAUAAAACUUCUGCAGAUGUACCCUCCUCCGGAUGACCCAGCUGUCUUUGGAAGGCUAAAUGAGUGCUUGGAAACCAUUCUCAACAAGGCUCAGGAACCACCCAAGUCAAAGAAAGUUCAGCAUUCAAAUGCAAGGAAUGCUGUCCUCUUUGAAGCAAUCAACCUGAUUAUACACAUGGACAGUGAGCAAAGCUUGUUGAUCAGAGGUUGUAACCAACUGGGUCAAUUUUUGACACACAAAGAGACUAAUUUGAGGUAUCUUGCUUUGGAGGGAUUGUGCUUGAUGUCAAAUUCUGAGUUUUCAGUUGAUGCUGUGAGAAAACAUCAAGAGACUGUUGUUGGAGCACUGAAGACUGAACGUGAUGUCAGUGUACGCCAAAGAGCUGUUGAUCUUCUUUAUGCCAUGUGCGACAAAAACAAUGCUGAAGAGAUUGUUGCUGAAAUGUUAACUUACCUGGAAACUGCUGAUUACUCCAUCAAAGAAGAAAUGGUGUUGAAAGUGGCAAUACUUGCUGAGAAGUUUGCUACAGAUUAUUCCUGGUAUAUGGACACCAUCCUUACACUUAUUAGAAUUGCUGGAGAUUACGUCAGUGAAGAGGUUUGGUUUCGGGUUAUCCAAAUUGUGAUAAACCGAGAUGAUAUCCAGGGCUACGCUGCAAAGACAGUAUUUGAAGCAUUGCAGUCUCCGUCAUGUCAUGAGAACAUGGUCAAAGUUGGUGGUUACAUCCUUGGAGAGUUUGGCAAUCUUAUUGCAGGAGACCCCAGGUCAAGUCCAAUGGUUCAAUUCAAGCUGCUACACAGCAAGUUUCCACUUUGUGCUUCCUCCACAAGGGGCCUGCUUAUGUCGACAUACAUCAAGUUCAUUAACCUCUUUCCUGAGAUCAAAGGACACAUCCAAGAGAUUAUGCGCAGUGAUACCAAUCUCAAGAAUUCAGAUGCUGAGAUCCAGCAAAGAGCUUUGGAAUACUUAAAGCUCAGUACUGUUGCAUCUCCAGAUGUUUUGAUAAUAUACAGCAUUUUACUCUUUAUCUUUGAGAAAAAGCUUCCUUUGAAAAGGAAUGGAUAUACAAAGUGA